GGACAGAGCAGGGCCCACGGGGGUGGAGUCAGGGCCCAGCCAAGGUCAGUGGCAAAUACUAUUUCCAGAGCUUCCAGCUCUGUUUUUCAGUGAGCACAAGGGACUGAGGGACCGUGACCUCCACUGUAUGCACGCUUGGCCACGGGACAGAGACGAGCAGCAGCCACAAUGCAGCUGUGCCUCCUUCUAUGCCUGUUGCUUCUCAGCCCCCCGGGCUCCAGCCUGCACCGCCCCCGCUCCCGGGAGGGGAAGAAGAGAGUCAAGGAGCCGCCCGUGCUCAGCACGGUGGCCCCCGCCAGCAGGGACUUCGCCUUCGACCUCUACAGGGCCUUGGCUACGGCUGCUCCCGACCAGAACGUCUUCUUCUCCCCUCUGAGCAUCUCCACCACCCUGGCCAUGCUGGCCCUGGGGGCGCGAUCGCACACGAAGGUGCAGAUCCUAGAGGGCCUGGGCCUCAGUCCCCAGGAGGGCUCGGAGGAGAAACUCCACAACGCCUCACACGAGCUGCUCCAGGAGCUCGCCCGGCCCAGGAGGGACAUCCAGCUGCGCCUCGGCAACGCCCUGUUCAUCAGCCCCACGGUGCACCUGCAGGACACCUUCGUGAACGCCGUGAAGACGUUGUACCUGGCAGACACCUUCCCCACCAACUUUGGGGACCCCGCAGAGGCCCAGAAGCAGAUCAACGACUACGUGGCAAAGCAAACUGAAGGCAAGAUUGUGGACUUGGCUAAGGACCUGGAUAGCACGGAGGUCAUGGUUAUGGUGAAUUACAUUUUCUUUAAAGCGAAGUGGGAGGCAAGCUUUGACCACAAAAGCACCCGAAAGCAGGACUUCCAUGUGACCUCGGAGACAGUGGUGCAGGUGCCCAUGAUGAGGCGGGAAGACCAUUAUUACUACUUCCUGGACCGCAGCCUCUCCUGCAAGGUGGUGGGGGUCCCCUACCAAGGGAACGCCACUGCUUUCUUCAUUCUCCCCGGCGAGGGCAGGAUGGGACAGCUGGAGAACGGACUGAACGAGAAAACCCUGAGGAAGUGGCUCAAGAUGUUCGCAAAGAGGCAGCUUGAGCUGUACCUUCCCAAGUUCUCCAUCGAGGGCUCCUACCAGCUGGAGAAGGUCCUCCCCAAGCUGGGCAUCAAUGACGUUUUCACCUCCCAUGCUGACCUGACUGGCAUCACCAACCACUCCAGCAUCCAGGUGUCUGAGAUGGUGCACAAGGCCGUGGUGGAGGUGGACGAGUCGGGGACCAGAGCGGCUGCAGCCACAGAGACGAUCUUCAUGUUCAAGUCGGCCACAAUGAGCUCUCAGAGGGUCAUGUUCAACAGGCCCUUCAUGAUACUCAUUGUGGAGAACUCCACGAACGUCCUCUUCCUUGGCAAAGUGACCCAUCCCUGAGGUUGGUGCUUCUCCUGAGAGGCCAAAGUGGAAGGCACACAGUGUCACCUGUCCGCUGGGACCUGGUGAUUUACAUGGGUUUCGUGCACUAAUGAGGCUUUUACAAGUAAUAAUAGUCAUAGUAUUGGUAUUCUAAUGAUUGCUUCUUCUCACAUAACUACACAACACGGACACCUUGAAGAACCUUCGAGAGCAUCUGGUCUUGCCCUCACCCUUCAUCAGUGGAGUCUGGCAGUGAGGCCCAGAGAGGUUGGUUGCCUUGCCCAAGGUCACACAGCAUGUGAGUGGUAGAGAGAAGCCCAGAAUCCAGGUCCCUGAUGCCCAGCCCAGUGCCACACAGCUCUUCAGGAGGGUUGUUCUGGUAGACGUUCCUACCAAGAAACGUAUUUCCAAGCCGAGUCCUCCUCUUGCCAGCAAUAGCAACCAUCAGUGACUUCAUCAUGGGGUGGGAAGAACAUUAAACUGGGAGUCUGGAAUGGGGUUUCUGUUCCAGCUAACCAGCUGUGGAGCUUUGGGGUAAUACUGUCCCUCUCUGGACCUCUAUUUCCCCCACGCAUACAGUGAAGGAUCGGGUGAAGGUUGAAGGCUCCCUGACAUCAUAGAAGGAAGCUGGGGCGUUCCCCGUCAGUCACAGUAGAUUUUAACACAUUCCAGUGCUACUUGUCCUUGAAGAAAAGCGAGUGGACAGCGGGGUGGAAAUGGCCCAUCGCAGCAUCGAACUGUCCUGUGGCUUCAGUUAGACCUCCUGGCGUUGGCUGGGGGCGGGAGCACGGAGGCCUGUUGCAGAUACUAGCCUAUCGAGGACAUUGAUACGAACCGUGAAUGUUAGUAUCAACGAUAACAAUAAAGCAUUUUGCAAACA